AUGAGUCUCGACCAGAGCAACAUGGUCAGCAGCCAACACGAACUCUUCAAACGUAUCUCCAGAGCCGAAGAGAACCUGAAGAAGAUGGGGCAAGCGAACAUCACCCUCGCCGCCAUCGAGACCCGCAUUCGCCUCCUCGACGACCUGUGGGCAAAGUUCGAGAGUCAGCACGACCUGAUUCGAAACUGCUACAAGGAUUCGAGCCGCUACGCAGAAAGUGAGUACGCUCAAUCAGACUUACUCGAGGCCGCCGAGAUGGCUUACGUGCAGCAGCGUAGCGUCCUGUCCGGCGAGGCCGAUCGCCGCAAGCCCGCGCAAGCCUCCGCGCCGGUGGAGCACGGUACCGACCGCGCGUCGCGAACUUCGCUGCCCCGUAUCCAAUUACGGGAAUUUUCGGGUUCCUACGAGGACUGGCCAUCCUUCCGUGAUCUCUUCAAAUCAGUGAUCGGUGAGCAGUCGUCCAUCUCGAAAGUCGAACGGUUGCACUAUCUGCGGUCAUGCCUCAAGGGGCCGGCUGAAAACAUAAUAAAGUCAUUAACGAUUACGGGCGAAAAUUACGAUCGUGCGUGGGAACUGCUCUGCCAGCACUAUGAAAAUAAGAGAGAGCUGAUACGCUCCAACUUCGCCACGUUUACCGCCGUGGCGAAGAUGAAAGCCGCUACCGCCGACGAACUCAGCCGCGUCCAGAACGCCGUCACGUCCGCCGUCAAUGCGCAAGAGAGCAUCGGAAGGCCCAUCGACUCGCACGGCAUGGACCUGUUUAAUCACCUCGUAGUCGAACUGUUUGACCCGCGAACGCGUCUGGAAUGGGAGUCCUCCUCGGGAGACUCCUUCGAACCGCCUCACGCUACGUUGAUGACCUUCAUCAACAAACGGAUCCUCACGCUGAACGCAGCGAAUCCAAAGACCACUAAACCCGCGAGUGAACAAUCACGGUCCGCGAAAACUCACGUCGCGAAGCGGGCCGAGCCUUCUCAGUGUCCGCUCUGCAAGGGGAAGCACUCGCUCAUGGGGUGCCCCGACUUCAAGGCCAAGGUGGCCAGUGAGAGAAAGACAGUGGUCGAGACUAAUAAGCUCUGCUUCAACUGUCUCGGCAAUCAUCAGGUGGCGAAGUGCAAGUCAACCCGGAACUGCUUCACGUGCAACGCGCGGCACCACUCGAUGUUGCACGACGCGUACGUUUCCGCGACGGCACCCCCCGCGGAAGUCAGCACGCUUUCCGCCGUCGGAAAGGCCGACGACAGUAAGGCGAUUCUUCUCGCGACCGCGCGCGUGACUAUCGCCGAUCGGCACGGAGAUCCUCACGAGGUUCGGGUGCUCAUCGACCAGGGCUCCGAAGUGUCGAUCGUGUCGGAGUCCCUGGUGCAGCGACUACGCCUGCCGCGAUCGCGCACGCGAGUGUCUAUCUUCGGCAUCGGCGGCUCCCAGUCGGGAUCCACACGAGGCAAGGUGUCCCUGACCAUCAAGUCGAAGACCACCGGAGCCACUCUCACCGCCGUCGCGUUCGUGCUUCCGCGUCUCUCGCUCUACCAGGGCGCCGCGAAUAAGUGCUGCACCUCGUGGCCUCACCUCCGAGGGCUUCCUCUGGCCGACCCUCGCUUCGCCGCCAACGACCCAGUCGAGCUGCUGCUGGGCGCCGAGGUGUGCUCGACCAUCCUGGAGGAUGGUCUCCGCCGAGGCGAACCUCAAACGCCGAUCGCUCAGAAAACCAUCCUGGGAUGGAUUCUUUCAGGGGGCUGUGGUGCGACCCUCCACUGUCACCACAGCUCACUCCAGUGUACCGCCGACCAUGACUUGGCCGAGCUGGUCCGCCGUUUCUGGGAGCAAGAGAGCGAGCCUCCCGCCUCCGUCGCGCUCACUCCCGAGGAAGAGGAGUGCGAGCAACACUUUGUACGCACCCACGAGCGCACACCCGCUGGCCGGUACGUCGUCCGACUGCCGUUCUCCUCGACGCCGGAGCACCUCGCCGAGACCCGCAAGCCCGCUGAGCGACUACUCAAGGCCAUGGAACGCAAGUGCGCCCGGGAUCUCCGGUUCGGAGAGCUCUACCGCUCGUUUAUGCGGGAGUACGAGGACCUCGGGCACUUGGAAGCCGUAGCACCGUCGGACAAGAACACAACUCGCGGCGUGUGCUACCUCCCACACCACGGCGUGUUGAAAGAAGCCAGCACUACCACCAAAUUUCGCGUAGUGUUUAAUGGCUCGCAACGCACCAGCUCCGGAGACUCGCUCAACGACCACCUCUUCGCAGGCGCAAAUCUCCUGCCGGCACUUGCUGACGUGCUCUUGCGCUGGCGUCGGCACCGCUACGUGAUGAUCACCGACAUCGAGAAGAUGUAUCGCCAGAUCAUCGUCCACCCGGAAGAUCGUGACCACCAGCGGAUCCUGUGGCGAAGUGCCGUCGAACUACUCGUGCGCGUUCUCCGCCUGACAACGGUCACCUAUGGCCUCACGUGCUCACCGUGGGUCGCGAUUCGCACGCUCCUGCAACUCGCCAAAGACGAAGGGGCUCUGUUUCCGCGUGGCGCGAUCGCUCUCGAGGACGACCGAUACGUGGACGAUGUCGUGACCGGUGCGGACACUAUCGACGACGCGGUUGCCGUGCAAACCGAACUGCGCGAACUCUGCACGGCGGGCGGGUUUCCGUUGCGCAAGUGGGCCGCGAACUCCGAAGACGUGCUCGUCGGCAUCCCGCAGGAGCACCGCCUUAAACGCGCCCUCCACGUGUGGGAGACAGACGGACACUCCACUCUCGGCCUCCGCUGGCACCCGAUGGAAGACGAAUUUUCCUUCGCGAUUCGUCCGCGCGCAAUCACCGUGUUCACAAAGAGGCGCGUCCUCUCGGAAACCGCACGCUUGUUUGAUCCAUUAGGGUGGCUCACCCCCGUCGUGAUCCGAGCGAAAAUCCUCAUCCAGUCCACCUGGCUGAAGGGGCUAGACUGGGACGCCCCUCUUCCGUCGGCCGACGCUCAACAAUGGGGGAGCUUCCUGGAGGAGCUUUCGCGGCUUGAACUC